AUGGAGCUGCGGUUCGCCGCUCUGCGCCAGGAGAUGACCCCACUGGACGCCGCCAAGCACGGCGACCGGGAUGCCCAGGAGUUUUUCAUGGACCUCCUGGGCCAAUACUGCGAGAAUGGCAAUGUCGAAGGGGUGGAGAAGAUUGCAGAUGCGUGGUCAGGCUUUCGCAAGCUCCGUGGUGCCAGCGAGGCGGCUGUGAUUGCUGCCAGGCACGGCCAGCACGAAAUCCUCGAGGUGAUGGUAAAGGCAGAGUUCCGGCUCCGCGUGGACAAGAACGACCGCGAGAUCAACCCGCUGAUGAUGGCGCUCCGCAAAAGUGACUGGCACUGCAUCGAACCGCUCAUCCCACUGGCGCUGGACAACGGCUUCGCCACCAGCCUUCUUCAAGACGGCAUGGAGCAGCUCGUCGUCGAUGGUGACACUGACACGUUGACCGACUUGGCGACCAACUACCACAUACCAGGCAACGCCAAGCUGCUUUGCAGGGCAGCGCUUCUCAAGGACAAGGCCAAAGAGGUGUUCGACGUCCUGGCAGCCAGCAUGAAGGGUGAAAGCUUCAACCGAGUCUCCACGGUGGAGGUUGAUUUGAAGGAGAUGGACGAUAAACCGGGAUGGGAGGACUCGGCACCCAUCCACAUCGUAUGCCAGGUGGAGGAGGCUGAGAUGGCGAAGGCUUUUGUCGAGUUCCUGAUGGGGAAGAAGGUGGAUGUAUCGAAGUGGGGAAAGAAACUCAGCGAGAAGAAGCACUCCACACGCCUUCCUCUCCAUUACGCGGCGGAGAACAAGAAUCUCGACAGCGAGACCGUGAAGAUGGUGGCUGAGGCCUACCCAGCUGCGCUCUUUCAGCCUGUGGGCGGCAAGGCCAGACGGAAACUGCCUGUGAAAUGCGCGAGCCACAGCGAGAAGACCGGGCGAAUGUUGGAGGAGCUCAUGUACCAGCACGUCUGCGACGUCUGUGACCAGGUCAGCACGGAGAAGAUCGCGGAUGUCUUGAACCUGAUGAGGCUGGCCACGGAGUUCGAGAAGAUCCGCACGAUCAGCCCACGUGAGCUGGACAGGGGCCGAGCUACAGACAUGGUUUCUCGGGCCUUCGACAAGGUCAUCCGGCACUUGAAAGAUCAGAGCGAGGCCGUCGAGCGGCAAUUUGUGGAGGAGGCCAUCAGCUUCGCUGAGGCGAACCCUCGAGUGGAUCUCGGCCGUGAGACGGGGACCAAAGUGGAGGUCCAGUCCAUCAGCAAGAUGGGCGAAGUGCUGAAGAGCGAUUUCUGGGAGCUCUUGAAGUUGGUGAACAGCGGCAAGGAGGGUGACGAGGAGACGGCAAAGGCAGUCAACGACCUGAUCAAAGUGCCGGAGUUAGAAGAGCUUCUGACCCAGGAGAUCGCCGCGAGGCUGAAAUGGGCAGCGGCGGCUUGUGACUCUGGCGAGGAUUCCGUCACUGACAAGCUGAAGACCUCAGAUGCGGUCAGGUAUGCCCUUUUCGUGCUGGCUGGAUUGAUCUCCAUCUCCAAGAAGCGCACGAGCGCGGAGGAGUCCGACGAUGAAGCGAGAAACCCACAGAGGCCGGAAGCUGCAGCAAGUUUGGCUGCCACGGCACUGGAGACUUCCGGCGAGGACUUGGGGAAGGUUGCCGCUUGGUACUGCAAAGAGCUGCAGCUUCCAGAAGCUUGGAAUGUCAUCGGCCUCCUGCGAGAAGGUCUUUCAGGGGGUGGCCUCACGGACAUCCUUUUCUCCGGUGGAGACCUAGUCAUCAAGAAAGAGGUGCCCAAGGACCACGUUUGGUUCCAGUGGGCCGAAGGCCUUUUCGAUGCAACGUUCCUCCACAUCUACACCCGGGACCGUCACGGCGAGAAUGUUCCUGAUGCCCUGCGUGUCAAAGACAUGCAACAGGUGUUUAACUGCGGCAGCUGGGGAGAGUACGCGCGGCGGCGACAGAGCGUGCAGGAGGACCUUUUCAACAAAGGCGCAGCAUGGAUGGAAGAGUUGAAGACAGACCCUUGUACAAAAGGUGAAAUCCCAAGCUGGCAUUUGUCUGGUGAGAAGUCAGUCGCUAAUGAGCACUGGCUUUACCACGGCACUUCUCUGGCUGGGGAGGAGGGGAUCACGGAAGGACGCGUCCUCAGACUCCGCUCGUUCAAGCCCGUAGUACUGAAGCUAUGGGCCAUGGGUUGGUCGUCAACCAUCGACUGCCGCAUUGAAGCCAAGAACGCAUUAAUUAGGUUCCCAAGCAGGGCCGACGUAUGUCUUUUUGCGUGUUUGGCAGGCUGA